AUGAAAAAUUUAGGUUCCAGGCUAGCGUCACGUAUUUCCAAGGCAUCUGUGCGCACAGGCAAGAAUGGCCGUACCAUCGGGCUUAUUCAACAAAGGCAAGCUUCCAAUAGUCCCUUCAACGCAGCAGUUGAAGCAGCUGAAAAAAUGGUGCAGCCAACCUCCAAGUCGUUCAAUGACCCCUUUUCGAUUGUGAGUCACGAAAUGUCCAAUUUGGCCAAGCUGAUUGCCAGCCUUAUUGGAUCCGGGCAUCCGAUGUUGAACAGAGUUUCGAGUUAUUACUUUGAAGCAGAAGGAAAGAAUGUCAGGCCAUUAAUUGUUUUGAUCCUUGCCAAGGCCUUGCUGAAGAUACCCGUAUCCGAACGUAAUAGAAUUCCCAUCGACAGCUCUGAUGUUCUUGACCAGCCGGUAUACCCGGGAACACCACAACAGACAGUUGUUGCUGGAAAUUCGGUCAACAAGUCGAUUUCGCCAUUAAGAGUGUUGCAUGGAAUAAAUCCAAGAGUAAUUUUGGAUCCUUUGUCCAAACCUAUGGAUCGUCUUCCAGAACUAGACGCAGCCAACGGCAUUUUGCCAAAGCAGAGACGUUUGGCAGAGAUUGUAGAAAUGAUCCACACUGCUUCGUUACUUCAUGACGAUGUCAUUGACUUGUCAGAUGCAAGAAGAGGCCGCCCAAGUGGUAAUAUUGCCUUCACAAACAAGAUGGCUGUGUUAGCUGGAGACUUUUUGUUGGGCCGUGCAUCUGUCGCUAUUGCCAGAUUGAGAAACCCAGAGGUGAUUGAAUUACUUUCUACUACUAUUGCAAACCUCGUAGAAGGUGAGUUCAUGCAAUUGAAGAACACAGUCAUCAACUCCGACGAGCUGACUGUCAACAACGAUGGUGAUGUUAAAACGAUCCCUCAACCCACCGGAAAAGUUCCAGUAAAGCAACAUGAAUACUCUGUCACCACACCUCAAGAGGUGGAUCAUGAAACAAAUGUUGAUGCUGCUUUCGAAUACUACUUGCACAAAACAUAUCUCAAAACCGCAUCAUUAAUGUCAAAGCUGUCCAGAGCUGCCGCUGUUUUGAGUGGCGCACAAGAGGGUGUCAUUGAGAACUGUUAUGAAUACGGCAGAAACCUAGGGUUGUGCUUCCAAAUCGUCGAUGAUAUGUUGGACUACACCUCAAGCGAUGCAUCAAUCGGAAAACCCAGCCAGGCAGACUUGAAGCUUGGCUUGGCUACAGCUCCUAUUCUCUUUGCUUGGAGAGAGGAACCACAAUUGGGUGCCUUGAUUGGACGUAAAUUUUCGGAGCCAGGUGACGUUGAGAUUGCCCGUGAGGCAGUCAGGAAGUACAAUGGUGUCGAGAAAACUAGAGAAAUGGCUCACAAAUACUGUUCUCAAGCUUUGGACAAUUUGAGAACCUUACCGGAAUCCGACGCUAGAAGCGCCUUGGAGUUCUUGACCAACAGCAUUUUGACAAGAACUAAGUAA